CGAACAGGCUUACUGCUCACUACAGAGAGAUGUUCGGUGAGCCUGGUAGUCAGUUAGACCCGCCAGGUUCUUCUUCAGGUGCCGGCGGUUCCGGUUCUUCAGAUCAGGAGUCUGUUCCCGAGACUCAGCAUUUCUUCCCUCCGAUGCCUCCUCCGAUGGCUCAGCCGAUGGCUCCUCCGGUGGCUCCUCCGGUAGCUCCUCCGAUGGCUCCUCCUGAGAUUCCCGCCGCUGUUCAUUCCGAUCUCAUGGUGCCACCUACUGUUCCCUUCUCGCAGUACACUGUCGAGGAUAUUCUCGGUAUGCCAGGCAGAGCUGGUUUACCAAUCAUAGACCCCGAAAGACCCGACGGGACUUUGUGGUUUGGGGUUGACAAUUGCCUUGCGACAGAUGUAACCGAGACGAUUAAAGCAAAAGUAUCAUUGGUCUAUCGGGGUCAGUGAGAGAGUGAGGAAGGCGUUUUACGCGAAGGCGCAAGUUCGCUUGGCGGACACGGUUUGCAACUGGAAGGGCGACUGGAUCGUCAAGGGGUACACCCGUGGCAAACCUGCUGAGCUUACCACGGGUGUUUGGGACGGCCUCAUCCGUUACUGGAAGGAUCCCAACUCCAUUAGGAUCGCAAACAUUUGUGCUGCCGCCCGUAACACGGUAGACGAGCACGGUAACGGCCCGAUGCUACACUCUGCGGGCCAAAAACCCCAUGCCGGUGUCCGUUUGCAAAUGGCCAAAGAGUUGGGACGUCUCCCGACUCUUCCGGAACUUUACGAGCGGACCCACAAGAACAAGGCGGGCCAGUUUUUAGAUGGCAAGUCCGAGCUAAUCUACAACGACGUUAUUGCUCGGGUUGAGGAGCGCCAGACUCAGCUGACCCAGCAGUCCGCCGACGGAUUACCCGUUACCUUAUCCACAACUGAAGUGGAUAAGAUUUACGAGGAGGUUGUCCCUAAGAAAAAGGGACGUACGUUGGGGAUCGGUUCCGUCAAUGAUGUCCCGAGAGCGACAUCGUCUUAUGCUCAGAGACAGACCGAAGAAGUCACUCAGUUGCGUUCCGAGCUGGGCGCGACAAAAAGCCGUGUGAGUGGACUCGAGGCCUUCAUCGACGUUAUAGCGUCCACAAACCCGGAAUGGGAAGCUUUGUUGAGGAACAUGAAACAACAAAAUCCCAUUCCAGGCGAGUCAUCGGGCACACAUAACG